UGAGUGCACUCUGUGAAGGAAAAUGCUCUGUGGGACAAAAUAUGAUAACAAACAUGGCGAUGGCGUUCUUAUAGAGCGUCGUCGCCCUAUUGCUCUGUUUACAAUUUUGUAUUUCAACUAUUAAUAUCAUAUGUACCCCGCAUACCAUGCGGCCUUCUCAAGCAGAAAGAAGUAUCAAUGACAUCGGUCGAGAGAGGUAAAGGAAUGUAUAGUGCGGUUGAUCGUGAAGUGUUGCGGGUCGCGGAGAUUGCGUGUAAGGUGUUGGUGUGCGUGUGUCGCAGGAGGGACCGCGGUGGCGGCGCUCGGUAGACUCGGGCGCGGGUGACAUGCAAGCGGCGCCGGCGCGCUACGUGUCCUCGAGCGAGCUGUACUCGGCGGACGAAGUGGAGCUGUUGCUGGAAGAGAUUCGCGAGCUGGAGCCCGUAAGCUGUCGCGGCGAGGAGGUGCAGGACUUCGAGAUCGCCGGCAGCGGGUGUGGCGCGGGCGGGCGCUCUCCGGCAGGCACGGAGCUGACGGAGCGCUCGUGGGACUCGCACGCACACUACUCGCGCGCGCCCCCGCCGACUCCUCGCCCGCUCGCGCCAAUUUACUGCCGUCUGCGCCAUUUAAUUACUGUUCAGGGUGCUUUCACUCUGCUAGUUGUGGCGUGCUGCGCGAGCGCGUGCGGCUGCGUGUGGGCGGGCGCGGGGCUGCGCGCG